AUGCAGAACCAUCUUCAAGAUCUAUGGAAGGUCGCCCAGGGGCCGUGGGAAUCCGGGGUCCUCCCUAGCGCCGAGAAAUUGGCCCGGGCCAGAGCUUCCCUUCCCGCGACAUUGCCGGAAACCGGUUCUGACCUCGAGCUUGUACAGCGUCACAUCUUGGAUGACAUUGCGCCAGCUUUCAAUGGAGCUAGCAUCAGCCCCAACUACUACGGAUUCAUCACAGGUGGAGCCACGCCAGCUGCGCUCUUCGCGGAUAAUGUCGUCUCUGCCUACGAUCAGAACGUCCAAGUUCAUCUUCCAAACCACUCCAUUGUUACCGAUGUAGAGUAUAAUGCGAUCGGUCUUCUUUUGGAUCUCUUCCGAUUGGACCGUUCGUCUUGGUAUAACGGAACAUUCACUACAGGCGCUACGGCUAGUAACAUCCUUGGCUUAGCCUGCGGACGUGAGUACGUCCUGCAGCAGGCAGCACAGAAAAAAGGCAGCCAACUGCAAAGUGUUGGCGAAGAGGGUUUGUUUGAAGUCAUGAGUGCAUUGGGUCUGACCGGUGUACAAGUGCUAUCAACGCUCCCCCAUUCGUCUCUCGUAAAGGCUGCGGGCGUUUUGGGUAUCGGUCGAUCCAACGUGCGCAACAUUUGCCAUGCCAGCGACCCACUCCGCUUUGAUUUGGAGCAACUGGAGAAGGAAUUGGCAAGGACAGACAAGGUCAGCAUUGUCGCUGUUUCCUGUGGCGAAGUCAAUACCGGCCGUUUCGCGACAAACGGAACGGAUUUGAGAGACAUCCGCCAGCUGUGCGACAAGUAUGGAGCAUGGUUGCAUGCCGAUGGGGCCUUCGGAAUCUUCGGACGAAUUCUCGAUGAAAGUCCGGAGUUUGAAACUAUCAGAAAUGGCUCCGAUGGAAUAGAAUUGGCCGAUUCAAUCACUGGUGAUGGCCACAAACUUCUGAAUGUUCCUUACGACUGUGGAUUUUUCUUUACUCGACACCCGACUGUGGCGUCGCAGGUGUUUCAAAAUGCAAACGCGGCCUACUUGACCGCAGGCAACUCCCAAGGGCCAUCAAUUCCCUCGCCUCUGAACAUCGGAAUAGAGAAUUCUCGUCGCUUCAGGGCGCUCCCGGUGUAUGCCUCCCUUCUGGCGUAUGGCAAGUCUGGAUAUCAAGAGAUGCUCAGCCGUCAGAUCAAACUUGCUCGGAAGAUAUACGAGUGGUUAUUCGACCACCCUGGGUACACGGCUUUACCGCAGGCAUCUUCCAAGGCCGAGCUGCUUGACCAGACAUUUAUGAGUGUUUUGUUCCGAGCAAAUGACGCAGAGUUGAAUCAAAAUUUGGGCAACAGGAUCAACGAUAGCUCGCGCAUGUUUGUCUCUGGUACCAGCUGGGAUGGUCAGCCUGCCUGUCGCAUUGCUAUCUCUAACUGGCGAGUUGAUGUAGAGCGAGAUUCUGCAUUGGUGAUCGAUGUACUGGCCCAAAUCGCUGGGAAUUAA